GCAUGCGGUCGGUCUUCUGGUCCUCGCUGGCAACUGGCACGGCAUCGGAGACGGCGGAGUAUUUGGCAGGCCAUCUCGGCCGGGUCAUUGAUGAAGUUGAGCGUGAAACCAAUGCCACUGUGGCAGGUGUGCUGACCGACAACGCCAGUAAUAUGGACGCUGCGUGGAAGCUGCUGGAGCGGUCUCGGCCUAUAUUCGGAGGUGGCUGUGCUGCUCACAUGCUGAAUCUAUUGAUUCAAGACAUGUGUAAGCACGAUUUCUUCAAGAGCGUUCAGACCAAGGCGCUUGCAAUUACGUCCUACGUUCGAGACCAUCACGCUUUACUCAGCCAGUUUACGAUCAUGUUGAGAGAGACAACCAAUGACCAUCGACGCGUACUGAGUGUACCUGUUGCCACGCGGUGGUACUCUCUUCACGCGUGCUUGGUGCGGGUUUUGGACAACAGGAACGUGCUCAAGAAGUUGUUUACCGAGUCGCAGUUUGCAGAAUUGGUUAACAACUCCGCUUCGAGCAAGAAGGCGAAGGGGAAACUCAGCCAAGUCAAGCAAUAUAUUCGUGAAGCAUCAUUCUGGAGAAAAUUGGAGCAAGUUGUGGCUUGUGGCAUUUCUGGACCCCGUGAUUGAAGCGCUCCAUGAGCUUGAGUCCGACAAUUGUCCGACAUCUCGCGUGUACUCUCGAUUUCAGUGGCUUCUGAAUCACCAUGCCUAUGGUACUGAAGACGAGCAGUCAGAUCUUCAAGCGGCAAUCCAGGCACUCAUUCAAGAUCGAUGGGAGCACGUUCAUACCGACGCUACCGGCUUGGCAUUCCUCUUAGACCCCCACACCGAUCCGGACAACUUUGUCGGUACCGACGAAAAGGAUACCUAUAGACAAGGCUGCGACAUCGCUGAACGGAGCGGCUUGUUGGAGGAGUUGGGCGUCACGAGAGCAGUGUUCAACGGCGCGCUGAACGAUUUUGCUACCUUGAAGCGACGAUGGUCCCCUGCUGACAAGAGAGACAACGAAGGAGUAGCGCCUAUCACGUGGAGAAGAAACGCAACAGAUUGACGACCGAUAAGGUCGACAUGCUCGCGUUCAUCUACGUCAACCACAACGCGGUCUCGAGCGAGCCCACGGACUGGGCAAGGCUGCACUCGUACCCGGAAUGCCCCGAUGCUCUUGAGCGUGAAAAUGCCGGAACCGUGAGGGCGGACUGAGCUGCAUGAGCUGCAUGCCAGCACCAUGAAUGC